AAGUUUUAAAGACUCUUCUUCCUCAAGACUUAGACGCCGCUCCGUGAUCUAAAGUUGCUUCCCGGAGAAGAAGAAGAAGAAGAGAGUAACAAAAAAUGGCGAGUAACGUACAGCUCUCCCAGAAGGAAUCUGAUAUCAAAAUGAUGUGUGCCGCUGAGGUUCACCUCGGUACCAAAAACUGCAAUUACCAACUGGAGCGUUACGUCUUCAGGCGUCGCAACGAUGGUAUAUAUACCUUCGACCUCGGGAAAACAUGGGAGAAGUUGCUGAAGGCUGCUCGAGACAUGGCUGCUGCUGAGAACCCAGAAGACAUUAUUCUUGCAUCGUCUCCUGCAGGAUCACGGAGUUCUCAAGACACAGAAGUAACUUCCACUCCUGUCUCGUCUGUUCACGAUCCUCGUUCACCCGAAAUGGAGCUGAUAAGUGAUAUGAGAGCACAGAUCCAACAGCUUCACCAAGAAAUGUCGUUACUACGAGACUCUGUCAAGACAUGUUUGGAUGCUAAUGCGAGCUUGCAACAGUCAGUUCAAGGAGAAAAGCCAAUGAAACGCAAAUGCUGCGUCUGCGAUGAAACGCAGGUCGAAGCCGUUUUGUACAGGUGCGGACAUAUGUGCACGUGCUUGAAAUGUGCUAAUGAACUACACUGGAGUGGAGGGCAAUGCCCGAUUUGUCGAGCUCGGAUUAUGGACGUUGUUCGUGUCUUCUUCGAUACAAGAAACUGAAAUAAAAAAAAGGGUUUCCUAGCUAAACGCAUGACGAGUCCACUAACCCAUUAGGCCCCUCUGUUUUACUUAAUAGUGUUUGCGUUAUUUGGCUUUUUGGGUCUGAAUAUCGCAAUGUUCUCACAUUAGAUUAUGCUACCAACAUUGUAAGGAAAGUUUUUGUUUAGUUUUAUAAAAGUUUUUGAUGUC